ACACGUUUGAACAGAAGACGAAAGGAACAGUUCGGCCAGCCCUUGUUUCACUUCUUUCUUGUUGUAACUGCUGCUUGCAGCGUCUGCGCACACGACCUGGCCUUGAUUGGAAGUACACGUUGCUUGCUGGCUUCAUUUCCCCAACCAGCCCCACCACCUGUAUCGAUCGUCAACCCGAGCAACAUGAGCGAGAAAGAGCUGGUGACCUGGGCUGCCAAGGAGCUGGCCAGGCUGUCCACCGACCUCGACGUUGACACGGCCCAGGAUCAAGUGCAGUACAUGAUGGGCAUGGAUGAGCGUGACUUUCGGGAGUUCUCCGCUGACAUUGCAGGCGGUGCGUCAUCACGGGUCAAGUCCUUCCAGGAUGCGUUCAUCCGCAAACGCACAGCCCUCAAAGCUGCGCGCGCGGAAGCAAAACAGGCCAAGAAGAAGCAGCAGCAACAACAGCAACAACAGCAGGAGCAACAGGCAGCGGAAGCUUCCGCUGCGAGCAAGGCUGAACAGCAGUCAUCAAACUCCAAACAAGCGGCAACCACAACAACCACCACGAAGAAGAAGAAGAAGACGACGAAGAAGCAGGAGGCCUCUCAACAGAGCAGCAGCGCCUCUACAUCUGCAUCUGCCUCGAACACAGGCCUCUCUUCCGCGUCCUCGUCGGGAAAGACCAAAGCUGCAGCGAACAAGGGAAGCGAGCGAUCAGCGAAGGCUGCUUCCAGUUUCAUGUCGGGCAUCUCGUCCAAUGUUGCGGCAGCCUCGUCCUCCUCCUCUUCUUCGUCUCGUGCGGCACGCACGUCGCGGCAAAAGUCCAAGGUCAAGUAUGUGGACUUUAUGGACAAGAGCGGCAAGUCUGCGGUGUCCGACCUUGUUCCUGGCCGCCAGCCCUGCGAGUGCCUGGCCACCACCCAUGCGCUGAUCAACAACUGCCUGCAGUGCGGGCGCAUCGUGUGCGAGCAAGAAGGAAUGGGCCCCUGCAUGACGUGCGGGGCGCUGGUGGUGACGCCGGACAAGCAGCAGCUGCUGCAGCGCAACUCCAUCCAGGCCAAGAAGUUUCUGGAGCGGUUGAUGAAGAGCACAAAUGUGGACAGCAAGAUGGACAUGGACGUGUUUCGCCGUUCCGCCCUCGUGUCUGGCGGGAAAGAUGUCACAGAGGGCCUUGCGCGCGCCCUCGCCAGGAAGAACAUGCUGCUUGAUUUCGAUCGCAACAGCGCCAAGCGCACGCGCGUCAUCGAUGACCAAGCCGACUACUUCUCCACAGACGCAAACAAGUACUUGAGUCGCAAGCAGCGCGACGAGCUGCGGGCACGCGAGGAACAAUUGCGGCAGGAGCAGAAGGACGCGCGCCGGAACCGCACCAUCACCAUUGACUUUGCUGGCCGUCGCGUCAUUGACAGCGGACCACAGGUUGUGGAUGUGUACGCAAAGGCAAAGCAGGAACAAGAGGUGGAGGAAGAGCGGGAGCGGGAGCGUGUUCGCCGCAUCGUCAAGCCAAAGCCAGACGUGCAAGGAUUGGGCGAGAAUCCGAUGCUGCAGGGCCAGAUGAAGCGACCGACAUUCAAGAAGGGCGUCCUUCCAGAACAGGACCAGCACGGCACCGACAAACAGCAACAACAGCAGCAGCAUCAGCAUCGCCACGCAGCCUCCCGCAUUCAGGACUCUGGGCUGAGUGAGAUGACGGAUGGCGGGUAUUGUCUGAGCAUGCAUCAGCCGUGGGCGAGUUUGCUGAUCAAGGGCAUCAAGAUGCACGAGGGCCGCGUGUGGUAUUCCUCGCAUCGUGGUCGAUUAUGGAUUGCAGCCGCGGCCAAGCAACCUGAGCCUGAGGACAUUGCAGAUGUGGAACAGCAGCUGCGUGAUCAUUAUGACAGGGAUUUUGACUUUCCAACCGAGUACCCGACUGCGUGUCUCCUCGGUUAUGUGGAUGUAACGGACGUCCUACCACAGGAGGAAUACAGACAGCGGUUCCCCAACGGCCCAUCAAUGAUGCCCUUUGUCUUUAUCUGCGACAACCCUCACGAGCUCGUCAUCAAGUACCCAGUCAAGGGCCAGCACAAGAUCUGGAAGCUGGACCGCACCAUGCACGCAAACGCAAAAGCGGCACUGCAAGCCGUACCCGCCAACGAAAUCGCUGUGCCUGACACCAAUUAAACCCGCACAUACUGAA